UGUCGUCUCUUAUUUUGGGUUUGGAGGGAGAGGGAGAAAGAAAGGGAGGGAAAAGAAGGGAAAAUAAUAAAAACGCUAUGCGAUUUCGCUGGUGGUGUUGCCGUCGGCGACAGUCGGGGAGUAGAGGUACCGGACCGGCAGCCUCAAAUGCUCUGCAUAAACCUAUUCAGGAAGCAGAAGAAGGUCGUUAAUGGCCUUGCAAUUGCAAAUGAGUUGGCAACCGAGUUUACUGAGUCAGAAACGGCGGAACGGCCCCCCACUCGGUCUCAAAAACCUAGGCAAUACCUGCUACCUCAACAGCGUCCUUCAAUGUCUCACUUACACCCCUCCCCUCGCCAAUUUCUGCCUCCGCAAUCAGCACUCUUCUCUUUGUGAUUUUGCUUCCUCCGACGCCGACCGAAAGCGCGAAUGUCCUUUUUGCAUUUUGGAGCGGCGUAUAGUGAGGUCUUUGAGCUUGGAUCUAACCUUGGACUCGCCUCUCAAUGUCCAGAGCUGUCUCAGGAUCUUUGCCGAGCAUUUUCGUUUGGGACGCCAGGAGGAUGCACACGAGUUCCUUCGUUAUGUCAUCGAUGCUUGCCACAACACCUGCCUCCGCUUGAAGAAGCUGCGUCGUAAUGGCAGCUACAACGGUGGAGCUACUACUGGAAGCUCCACGGUCGUCAAGGAAAUUUUCGGGGGUGCCUUGCAGAGUCAGGUGAAAUGUUUAUCUUGUGGAAACGACUCCAAUAAGGUUGACGAGAUAAUGGAUAUUAGUCUUGAUGUUUUGCAUAGUAGUUCUCUUAAAGAGGCAUUGCAGAAGUUCUUUCAACUGGAAAUUUUAGAUGGCAGUAAUAAGUACAAGUGUGACAAUUGUAAAAAGUUGGUGGUGGCUAGGAAGCAGAUGUCGAUACUCCAAGCACCAAAUAUUCUUGUCAUCCAAUUGAAGAGAUUUGAAGGCAUAUUUGGUGGUAAGAUUGACAAGGCCAUUGCGUACGAGGAGAGUUUGCAGCUUUCAAAUUUCAUGUGCAAGGGAAGUCAGGAUUCACGGCCGGAGUACAAGCUCUUUGGUACCAUAGUGCAUUCAGGUUUCUCUGCAGAAUCUGGACAUUAUUAUGCAUAUAUCAAGCAGGAUGCAUCAGGUAGGUGGUAUUGCUGCAACGACUCAUAUGUUACAGUUUCAACACUGCAAGAGGUUUUGUCAGAAAAGGUUUAUAUUCUCUUUUUCUCUCGUACGAACCAAAGGCCAGUAACUGCUAGCACAGCUCUUGCUUCCAAUGGUGUAAAAUCUCAUGAAUGUAAUCGCAGUGAUGGGUCCAAAGUCUCAAAACAUUCUGUUGUUACUAAAACAGCACAGACAAGAUCCCAUGUCGAGCAAUCUUCUCGGAAGGAACUUUCAAGUUUAUCUAAGGUAGAUAAACCAACUUUCAGUUCACGAGGAAAGUCUAAUAUGAAUGGACAUUCUAAUAUGAAUGGACAUUCUAAUACCAUACGAGCUCCUUCCACCAUUAACGGAAAGAUUGUUCUUGAGGAGGAUCAAUCCAUCAAGGAGAAUGAGAAAGAGAAUGUAAACUCAUUGCCUCUGGAAAAUGGUGCAAGACAUAAAUCUUCUCUUGGGAAUGGAAAUAGCAAGAAAAGUUUUGAAGUUGAACAUGAUGUCAUUGAGAGGGAACAUAAAUCUGUGUUAGUGAGCAGUAAUGGCAAUGGUGGGAGUAUGGGAAUGAAAGCAGAUAAACAUGACCCAUGCAAUAUUAAUCCUAUGAAUAACAAGUUCACUUCAGGAAGGGGGUCUAAUCAUGAUGAAGUGGAUAAUGCAAGCAACUGCCCCUCUGAGGUCAGAAGGGCCAAAAGAAAGUCAGACUUCUGUAUCUUGUUUCAACAGGAUGCUCAAUCUCGGGAAAGAGUUGAAGACCUGAAACAAGAUCUCAAGAGAGAAACUUUAUCAGUUUUAAGGUCAUGCGGUUGGUUAGAGGAAGUCUUCAAUUGCAUGCGUUCAAGGAAGAGAUUAUGCUUACGGGAAAUGGACACCACUCAAAGUUGUAAUGAUUUAAAGAAAUUGCUGAUUGAAGAGGCCAAACAAAAGUUUAUUUCACGGAUACCAGAAUCUCUAAAAGGGGACCUUAUUGAAAAACUUCAACUAUUUAGCCAAGAAAAGUAACAUUAGUGAGUCUCUUCUCUUCGUCCACGGUAGCUGUGCUGAGUAAAAACCUUAUCUUGGUUCUUGAUGUACAUCCAUAUAAUGCUCACAAUCUAUAUAACAAAAUUCAUUCUGUUGUAAGUGUUCCUUCUGAUGGGAAUGGAAUGUCCUGUUGAUGAUCUGUGAAGAUGAUAUCCUAUACUAUGUUCAAGCAAGCAUUGGCAUCAUUGGGAAUUUGAUCUGUAUCACACCCAAACUGCUACAGUGGAUUUACCAUUAAUCUGGUGAAAAGUCGGGACCGCUGAUGCGAACUAUUGAAAUUUCUUUAUACCUCGAAGCUGCACAACUGGUGGCAGAGAAGAAAGUUCAGGAAUUCUAUUCGAUUUUGUAUAAUAUUCUUUUUGGUAGGAUUUUUGGCUUACAGUCAUUAUCUCGAGGAUGCAUUGCAUAAAUUUUCCUUUAAAGAAAUAUAGAUAGGCAAACUGCGGGAGAGAAACAUAUCUAUGCUUUCAUUGAGUUAGCAUUUUUACCAUGUAAGUCUGCUUUUUAAGCAACCUAUUACACCUUACAUCUGAUCUUGUACCUGACUCGAUGUGAUUAAAUGACGCAGUAGGCUCUUGCGGCAGCCUACAGUUGGAAAUAUUUGAGGUGAUGCUGCUUUCAAAGGGUUUGUUUGUAUUUCAUCUAGUUGUCAUUAUCACAGUGUCUUAUACCUCUUUCGGCUUUAAUUCUUCUCAUUGUACAUAACCGUGGCGGAGAUUAAUAUCUAAGUUUGCAUCAAGCAAUUAGAACUAACGUUCAGUUAUCUUUUUA